UGUUAUUCUUUUUUAUUUCUUACUUUUGAAAAUUCGUUUUUUAUCAAUUUUUAAUAUCAAACUAUAUUGCUGACAAGUUACUCUUAUUGAUACUAAUUUUCCUUACCAGAUUUGGACUUUCUGUUCCACAUGUUUUUCCUUGCACGAUACUGCAAACUACUUGAGGAAAACUCAUUCAGGGGACGGACUGCGGAUUUUUUCUACAUGCUCUUAUUCGGUGCCACUGUUCUCACUGGGAUUGUUCUUAUUGGAGGGAUGAUACCAUAUAUUUCCGAGACUUUUGCCAAAAUUUUUUUCCUUAGCAACUCAUUGACUUUCAUGAUGGUCUAUGUGUGGAGCAAACAUAACCCUUUCAUCCACAUGAGUUUCUUGGGCCUUUUUACCUUCACUGCAGCUUAUCUACCAUGGGUGCUUCUUGGGUUCUCAAUUCUUGUUGGUAGCAGUACAUGGGUGGAUCUCUUGGUAAGCUUACUUUUAAGAUCUGAGAUAGUUGUUACCAGUAAUCAUUGAGAAAAUUUUAUUUGACAACUUGGUAAUAAAUAUGAAGUUAGAGACAGUUUGUCGAAAAUGAAGUAGAAGAUAUAACUGUCAAGAGGUUACUGAUUCGAACUAACUGUCUUAUUUGAAUGUGGGAUUUUUUUUUUUUUUGGUAAAUCAUUUGUCCAAAUUAUUUCCGGAUUUCAAUGUGUCCAGGCUUGUUGCGUGACUGGAUUGAUACCUAUUCCUUUAGCUAGUUAUUCAAUCUUGUUUUGCACUUAGUUCAUGCUAAUUACAAGACAAUUGAAGAGAAAAAGAUGUUUAUGACUAGGUCCUAUUCCACCACCGUGGUUCGAGGAGUAAACUGUAGGAUGCUGUUUGUUUAGCUGUAGGAUAUAUGUAUCAACAUUAAUAGAUUAAUCAUUUUCCUAUAUAAUUUAGUCUAGCGGUGCCCCACUUGGCUGAUGGUUUUCGUUGACUUGCUAUUAGCUGAGCCAAAAUAGUUGUACCAUAACCUUUGUUGUUGUUGACGGCCAAGUGAUCAAUUUC